AUGUCCACCCCGGUCUCUCCAUCUCCCUCUCUGUCUCCACUGGCACUGUCCUCCUCUUCUCCAUCUUCCUCCCCUCUGCCCUCGCCCCUUUCUCCUCCUCCCAGGCUUCCGGUCUUUCAGAGAAAGGGAGCGCUUAAACACAAGAGGGUUGUAGAAGUGAAAGACCAUCAGUUCACUGCCCGCUUCUUCAAACAGCCCACCUUCUGUAGUCACUGCACCGACUUCAUCUGGGGGAUAGGAAAACAGGGAUUCCAGUGUCAAGUUUGCAGUUUUGUCGUGCACAAGCGGUGUCAUGAGUUCGUCACCUUCACGUGUCCAGGAAGCAUCACUGCACCUAAAGCAGAGGAUCUUAAGAGCAAACACAAGUUUAAGAUACAGACCUACUCCAGUCCAACCUUCUGUGAUCACUGUGGUUCUCUGCUCUAUGGGCUAAUUCACCAGGGCAUGAAAUGCACCAGCUGUGACAUGAACGUGCAUAAGAGAUGUGAGAGCAGCGUUCCUAGUCUCUGUGGACACGAUCACACCGAGAAAAGAGGACGGAUCCACCUGAGUGUGCGUGGAGAAAAGGAAGAUAUUUAUGUCACAGUGGGAGAGGCGAGGAACCUGAUUCCCAUGGACCCAAACGGCUUGUCUGACCCUUACGUAAAGCUCAAACUCAUCCCGGACCCUAAGAGUCACAGCAAACAGAAAACCAGAACCAUUCGCUCCACUCUUAACCCCGUCUGGAAUGAGAGCUUUGUCUUUUCAGUGCGAGGCAGGCAGUGGGACAGGCGCUUGUCUAUAGAGAUCUGGGACUGGGAUCGAACCUCUCGGAAUGACUUUAUGGGCGCUCUUUCUUUUGGAGUGAGUGAGAUAUUCCGUCGUCCCGUCAGCGGCUGGUUUAAACUGCUCAACCAGGACGAGGGAGAGUACUACAACAUUCCUGUGCCUGAUCCAGACAUACAGGAGCCAGACUCUGCUCUUCCUAUCUGUCUUUCUCCUGCUCCUGCUUCUUCUCCUGCUCCUACACCUGUGCCUGCUGUGACCACACCUGUUGUGAGCCCCACACCCACCAUCCUACCAGCAGGAAAGGGCCGAACUGGACUACAGGACUUCAACUUCCUCAUGGUGCUUGGCAAGGGCAGCUUUGGAAAGGUGAUGCUGGCAGAAGAGAAAGGCAGCGAUCGUCUGUUUGCAGUGAAGAUGCUAAAGAAAGACGUGCUGUUUCAGGACGAGGACACAGAAAGCGCCAUGGUGGAGCGCAGAGUUCUGGGACUGAGUGGCCGUCCUCAUUUCCUCACAUCUCUGUACUGCGCCUUUCAGACUGAGGAUCGUCUGUACUACAUAAUGGAAUAUGUGAACGGUGGGGAUCUCAUGUUUCACAUCCAAAUUGUUGGGAAAUUCAAAGAGCCCCAUGCGGCGUUCUAUGCAGCAGAGAUAGCUGUGGGUCUCUUCUUCCUGCACAGCAACGGCAUCAUCUAUCGAGAUCUGAAGCUGGAUAAUGUCCUGCUGGACAGUGAGGGGCACAUAAAGAUUGCAGACUUUGGCAUGUGCAGGGAAGGCAUGUUGGAGGGUGACACCACACGGACCUUCUGUGGUACUCCAGACUACAUCGCUCCUGAGAUUGUAGCAUAUCAACCAUAUGGCAAAGCAGUAGACUGGUGGUCGUAUGGGGUUCUCCUGUAUGAGAUGCUGGCUGGGCAGCCUCCGUUUGAUGGAAUUGAUGAAGAGGAGUUGUUUCAGUCUAUCAUGGAGCAAAGUGUAUCAUACCCCAAGACUCUGUCUCGCGAAGCUGUUGCAGUUUGCAAGGGGCUGUUGACUAAGAACCCAGCAAAGCGUAUGGGUAUAGGUGAGGAUGCGGAGAGAGAGAUACGAGAGCAUCCGUUCUUCCGUUGGAUAGAUUGGGACCGUCUUGAGAAAUUGGAGGUCCAGCCACCUUUUAAACCCAGGCCUGGAGGAAAGAAAGGAGAAAACUUUGACAAGUUUUUCACAGGGGGUUCUGCAGCCUUGACACCCUCCGAUCCGGAUGUACUUGCAGUUAUUGAUCAGAAAGAUUUCCAGGGCUUUACCUACAAUAACCCCGAUUUCAGUGCCACUCCUCUCACUGCUGUCUGA